GGUUAUACAUCAUUUUGGAAUGACUGUAUUAGUAGCGGUCUUCGUGGAUGCAUUCUCACUGAAUUGGCACUGAGAAACCGGAUUGAAUUAGAAAAAUCUGGAAUGCGAAAGAAGAGUUUGAUGAGCAGAAAGGUCUUAUUGAAAAAUGAUCAGCCCACAGGCGACGUGAUUUUGGACGAAGCACUAAAACACAUAAAGGAAACGCAGCCACCGGAAACCGUGACAAGUUGGAUUGAAUAUCUCAGUGGUGAAACAUGGAAUCCGCUCAAAUUGCGCUAUCAGCUUCGCAAUGUGCGUGAACGGUUGGCGAAAAACUUGGUGGAAAAAGGUGUGUUAACAACGGAGAAGCAAAAUUUUUUUCUCUUUGACAUGACUACCCAUCCACUUCAUGAUGGCAACAUGAAACAAAAACUGAUAAAGAAGGUACAAGAAGCUGUAUUGUCACGAUGGACUAAUGAUGUACAGAGAAUGGAGAAAAGAAUGAUAUCAUUGGUAGUGUUGGCUCAUGCUAGCGAUGUUUUAGAAAAUGCUUUUAACCCUCUUUCCGAUCAGGAUUAUGAAAUAGCAAUGAAGCGCGUACGAUCUUUACUUGAGCUUGACUACGAUGCUGAAAGCGAAAAGAAAAGAGAUUCCUGUAUUGAUGUGAUGUGGGCUGUUUUUGCUGCUUUCAACAAAUGA